AUGGCCUCAAGUGCGACCAUCAAAGCAAUUGACUCCAACACUAUCCAUCAAAUCCAGUCUGGCCAGGUCAUAGUCGAUCUCUGCUCGGUUGCCAAAGAGCUGGUCGAAAAUAGCAUCGAUGCUGGUGCUACAGCCAUUGAGGUGCGAUUCAAAAACCAGGGACUGGAUUCCAUAGAGGUCCAGGACAAUGGCUCCGGCAUCGCUCCCCACAACUACGAAACUGUGGCCCUGAAGCACUACACAUCCAAGCUCUCCAGUUAUGAUGACUUGGAGACGCUUCAAACAUUCGGCUUUCGAGGCGAAGCCUUGUCCUCUUUAUGUGCAUUGUCCCGACUCUCCAUCGUGACGUGUACCCAAGAGCAGGCUCCACGUGCUGCGCGAUUGGAGUUUGAGCCGUCUGGAAAACUCAAGUCUACCACCGUCGUGUCGGGUCAACGGGGCACCACAGUUAUCGUGGAGGAUCUCUUCCGAAGCCUUCCUGUCCGCCGUCGUGAACUGGAGAGGAACAUCAAGAGAGAAUGGGGCAAGGUAAUCAACUUGUUGAACCAGUAUGCCUGCAUCCAGACCGGGGUGAAAUUCACUGUCACGCAGCAGCCUACUAAGGGCAAGCGUAUGGUGAUGUUUUCGACAAAAGGAAACUCAACUACCAGGGAGAACAUUAUCAAUGUUUUUGGCGUGAAGACCAUGAAUGCCCUGGUUCCUAUGGAUCUUACGUUAGAGUUGAUCCCUACUGCUGGGCCUCUAACCAAAGGCAAGGCGAGAACGGACAGAAAGUCAACAGAAGUUCGCGUGGUCGGCCAUAUAUCUCGUCCUACCCACGGUGAAGGCCGCUCAACUCCUGACCGGCAGAUGUUCUAUGUCAACGGCCGCCCGUGUGGUUUGCCCCAAUUUGCCAAAGUUUUCAACGAGGUCUACCGUUUGUACAACUCUUCGCAGUCCCCGUUUAUCUUUGCUGAUAUUCAGCUCGAUACUCAUCUUUACGAUGUCAACGUCAGUCCUGAUAAGAGAACCAUCCUUCUCCAUGAUCAGGGACAAAUGUUGGAUAAUCUGAGAGAAUCUUUGAUUGAGCUUUUCGAGACCCAGGACGUCAUCAUCCCGAUGUCUCGCGUUGCUGCGCUGAAGCAAACAUCUUCGAAGAUUUCCACAGCACGCCCAUCUCCCUCAACUUCCCCCCAGGAAACGGGGUCAAAGUCUGCCGCCGCAGAUUCCCGGCUCUCGAAAGCCACGACUUCAUUUAGGGCCAUGGAGAAUACUGGAGACAAUGCCAACGAGGAAAGCGCUAACACAGAAGAUAAUGUUGACGACGUUGAGAAAGAAGAUACGAGACCUCGACAACAGCCGAAGAUGCACUUCCGCCAUUCCAAGCCACAAGCCCAAUUCAAGGGAUUCACAACUCUAUCAAACUGGCUACGAAAUGAGUUGCCGAGACCGUCUCACACUUCGAGCCCGUUAUCCGAAGAACAGGCGACCGAAGCCUCUACUCGGGAUAAAGGCAUGUCGAGCUCUGUAACCUCGGCCGGCGACAGAGGAGAUCGAAUACCUCAAUCUCAAGUGACGGGUGACACCAAUGUACGAGACGAUGAGCGAUCUCUGUUGCCAGACGUUGGUAAGGAUGAUGAGAUUGCUCCAAACGAGCCUGAAUCUCCAAUUCGUGCUCUUUGCCCUCCUUCCCAACCACCGACUUUGAGAAUGAGCUCAACUCCUUCCAAGCCGUUGAAGCGUGCAACGCAAGAGAUGGCAACCAUCACAAUAGGCGACCAUACUGUGAGAAGUGCCAUUGGAAACCCAUCGAAAAAACCAAGGGUAGAUGAACCGGCUAAGCCAGUGGUGAAGACUGGUGUGCUCAAAGGUGGCAUGCGCAGCACACAGUUACCAUCCUUUGGAAUACGACUCUCCCAGCUAUUUUCGGCUUCAACACAACCUGAGGGAGACCUCGAGCUGAUUGAGGAUGCAGGAAAGGGGAUUGAAGAGCAUGAGGUGAUUGAAGAAAAGAAAGGAGAGGAAGGCCGGGAGGAAGAUGAUGGACACGACAGUUCCGAUGAUGACGCUGACGGUUUGUUUGUCUCUCAAGACGGUAACAAAGAUGCUGAAGAUGAGGGAAGCGGUGAAGGGCAACCUGAGGAAAUACUCAAGCCAAUGGAGACUGAUCAGCCACAGUCUAUGAGUGACGCAGACGUUCCAAUGGAGUCACUUGGGACGCAUCUAGCUUCCUGCGAUCAAGAACAUGGGGACAAUGACUUCGAGUAUGUUGACGAAGAGGAGAAGGUGGCUCGCGAGAACCAAAAGGUGCAGGCAAUGAUACAGGAAGCCGAGAUCGCAACAGCCGAGUCGACUGAAGAGACGGAGAAGCGUUCUGAGACCUUUGUAAAGGGGCGGCCAAAACGAAAAGACAUGACUUGCAACCUUGUACAAAGGGUAAAGGCCAAUUGUUCCGAGAUACGGCGUCGCAUUGAAUAUCUCUCCAGCCGGUUGCCACAAGAGGCGUGCCAAACAACAGCGGGGGUAAGGCUGGAAAGCAUAGAAUCAGAAGAUGCUGAAGCGAAGUUAUCGCUCAAGAUCUCGAAGUCCGACUUUACAAAGAUGCGCAUAGUGGGACAGUUCAAUCUUGGCUUUAUUCUUGCCGUCCGCGAAGCUGUUUCUGCUUCCUCGUCCACCAGCUGUAGCCGCGACUCGGGCACCAAGGACGACGACGAGCUCUUCAUCAUCGACCAGCAUGCAUCUGAUGAGAAAUACAACUUCGAGCGCCUUCAAGCAACCACGACAGUACAGUCACAGCGCCUAGUCCAACCUAAAACUCUCAGCUUGACAGCUCUAGAGGAAGAAAUAAUUCUGGCUAAUCUCCCCGCCCUUGAAAGAAAUGGCUUCUCUGUCUCGGUAGACACAUCUGGCGCGUCCCCUGUCGGCUCGCGCAUCCAGCUCCUGACGCUCCCUCUCUCUCGUGAGACAACAUUCAGUAUCGCCGAUCUCGAAGAGCUCAUUUUCCUCCUGGCAGACAACCCGACUUCAAAUGCCACGACGGUGCCACGGCCGAGCAAGGCAGAUGGAAAAGGUAGUUAG